AUGGUGGCUACGUUGCAGGGCUUCAACUAUGGAGGCUCACCAAGACCCAGAUUCUCUUUCACCACUAAAGACACAGACAAAGGCAUUCGCAUUCAACCCAUUAAAGCCAAAGCAGCAACCACCGAGGCCUCUCCGUUUCCUCUGCUUCAGUCUCCCCGAGCUGAAGACUCUCCCUCUGAGUUGGAGCCAGCAGAUCCUGAUUUCUACAAGAUAGGGUUUGUUAGAAGUAUGAGAGCUUAUGGAAUUGAAUUUAAAGAAGGCCCAGAUGGGUUUGGAGUUUAUGCUUCCAAGGAUGUUGAACCACUUCGCCGUGCUAGGGUGAUAAUGGAAAUACCACUAGAACUGAUGUUAACUAUAAGCCAAAAGCUCCCAUGGAUGUUUUUCCCAGAUAUAGUACCGGUGGGUCACCCAAUAUUUGAUAUCAUCAAUUCAACUGAUCCAGAGACAGGUUGGGAUCUAAGGUUAUCUUGCCUUCUUUUGUAUGCAUUUGAUCGGGAGGAUAACUUUUGGCAGUUGUAUAGUGAUUUUUUACCCAGUGCAGAUGAGUGCCCCAGUCUGCUUUUAGCUAGCGAGAGGUUUUAUGGCUUCGCCAUCUGCUUGGCUUCUGGAUUGACUUGUACACUCCUGUCGAUGCUUGUUUUCUUCCAUCCAAUCAAGUUUGCAAUUACAUUCACACUUGGGAAUCUGCUUUCACUUGGCAGUUCUUCGGUGGCUCGGCCCUUGAGGCUUGAUCAGUUGCUGCCUUGCUGGGUUAUUCACUCCAGUCACUCCACCGAAUCUAGGAUGUUAAAGAGGAACUGUGUGAAUCAGAGGGCCACAAAUGAAAGCUUGAAGAGAAUAAAGUUUGUAAUUGUCUCUUUGACUAGAUGGGGUGCACUUAUCUUUAGUGGAUACAAGUUUUUCACCGGAGGCAAAGGCAAGAAGGAAGAGGGCUUUCAGAGGGUAAACAAAAGGAUGUACUUAAAGCUGCUGGUGCAUUGUUUUCAUUUGUAAGGUUUAGGCAGGGUUAAUGUGCAUCACAUUUAUGUACAAGUAUAAGUUAAUGGUUAGUGUUUUAUGGUUAGGGUUAAUGUUGGGAUAGAAUGACUGUUGGAUAUAAGGAUGAAUGUAUCAAAUCUUUACAUAAAUGAAUGUGUUUUUGGAUGUGUUGU